AUGUCUGCCACUUUCGAAUCAACAACAAGAAAACUUUUCACACCACUCACAUUAGGAACUGACAAAAUUCCAGCCACUCAGAGAAUUACUUUGUCCCAUCGUAUUGUGAUGGCUCCACUCACUCGUUGCAGAGCAGUGGAUGGAGAUUGUGAACAAACAGAACAUGCAAUUGUAGCCGGAAAGAUUUUUCCUCUGGUCUUUCCAGGAAAGAGUUUCGCUGAAAAAUGUUUCCUGGAAAUUCCAGUAAACAAUAUUGAUUCAUCCUUAUUUGAGUUGUUUUAUUACCAUAAUGGCAAAAGUGACUGUGGAAAAUCAGCAAGAUUUACGACCUUGAAAUUUACCUUGUUGGAAAAUUCACCAUUAGUGAAUUUUAUUGAUGGUAUGAUGAUGAUGACCAUUAAGAUAUUUACCUUAAUGAUCGGAAGUGGACUUGCUGAUGAUAUUGAUGAUAAAAGAUAUGAUGAAGUGAAAAUUCCACAACUCUAUGAAUACUAA